AUGAAACACUUCCUCGACAAUAGCGAACUCACAAUCCGCAAGCGAGACCGCGAGUUUACCCUCUUCCUCGACCUGGAUACAAAAUACCACCACGAGUUCAUCACGAAUCUCAACAACCAUGUCUACUACAGGGGUUACGCAUGGCCGGAUAUGCUGAAGCAGGAGAAUGAGCUAAGGUCUUGCGCGAGGUCGAUUGUGAAGAGGUAUGGGAGUGUGUAUUGGGGGAGUGAAGAGAAUAGGAGGAAGUAUUUCAUGCCGGAUUCUUUUGACAAGUCGCCCGAGGCUAUGGCUGUUUGGCCGGAGUUGAAGGAGUAUAUUGUCUUUUUGUGGUUUUGCGUAUAG